AUGGCUACUCCAACUCUGAUCGACAUGCCCGAGCCUCCCUCCAAUCCAGAAACUCCCACCGAAGCCCCAGGAACCCCGAACAGCACCACCACCUCCCUCUCCGCCCUCUCCACCACCGCCAUUAAAGAUGGCCACCGCGGCUCCGCCUUCCCGCACACCUCCCACCGCCACACGCCCUCGAGUAAUGAAGCCGAGCGCGAGCGUGCCGACCGCAUCUCCUUCCUCGCAGGCCUCGAACGGGUUUCCACCGCGCGCCCAGCGCACCAGAGCAACCUCGGCGCCGGCGCCGGCCCCCCGGCAGGCCAGAUCCCGGGCUACUUCGACCAGAAUGGUAACCCAGUCUACACGACCAAGAUUUCGACGGUAGGCUCGGCGUCAGCGACGGGGUCGGCGGGCGGACGGACCACGACUUGGGCGAGUGGUAGUCAGAAGGGCGGAGAGGAGGACAUGAUGAGUGUGGAUGUUGAUGGGAGAGACUCGACGAUGGAUGAGCGCGAGAGGUAUGAUGGGAGUGCGCUGGAUGAGGACGGAGAUGGGAUGAGUGAUAAUGCUAGUCUGGUUGGGUUUGGGGAAGGCGCAGGCAGCACGGUUAGUGGGCCGAUUUACACGAGGAGGGAUCCGGCGGCCAUGAGGGGUUAUGCAAAUCAGUUGCAGGCGGGUAGUGGAGGAACCCAAGCUGGGGUAGCUGAGGCAGAGAGAAUUCUGAGGGAGAGACUUGAUGAUGGGGAGUCUAGACGGCCACCCCUGGGGAGUCCAGACGAGACGGGACUGGGGAAGUUCUAUUUUGAGGAGAAGAAGUAA